AUUUACAUACGAAAUGUUAAUCAAGAAAAUAAGAAUUUGAUUUGCAAGGGUCUUAUUUAUGGCGUAAAUAUUCAUCAAAAAGCAAUGAUGUCAUCAAAAUAUUUAAUGUCUAAAUUUGAAACAUCAUUCUUGUUUUUCAUAGUGCUCGGCGUAAUUUCUUUAAGCCUUAAUAUUUUUAGAUUUUUACAGAUCUUAUCAUCUAAUUAUAUGUCUGUGGAACUUUCAAUAGCUUUUAUAACAAUAUGUUCAAUAUGUGUAUACAUGUUUCUAGCCAAUUUAGCCGGACAAACAAUUACAGAUCAUUAUGAUCUACUAUUUGAUACUGCAUAUAAAGUUGAGUGGUAUACAACUCCUCUAUAUAUACAAAAAUUCAUACUACUUCUAUUAUUAAGAGGCAACAAGUCCUUUAGCCUAAGAGUUGGCAAAUUGUUCAUAGCAUCUUUACCAUGUUUUACAACGCUAGCAAAUGCGUCCUUAUCUUAUUUUAUUGUCAUCUAUUCUACGCAAGAAUGA